AUGCAUAUAUAUAUCUGCAUGCAUAUCUAUCUAUCUAUCUAUCUGUCUCUCUCAGAUUGUUCAUAUGUCUCUAAGUCUCUUCAUAUCUAUCUAUCAUUCUAUCUAUCUUUAUAUCUAUUUUUAUCUAUCUUCAUUUCAAACAGCCUUUCACUUUUAUUUUCCUUCCUCCCCGUCUCCCUUUUUCCUUCUUUUCUUCCUUCCUUCUUGCUCUUCCUAUCUUCUUUCCUUCAUUCCUUCCAAACAUAUUUACACCUUUCUUUUCCUUCCUUCCUUUUUUACUUUCUUCCUUCCAAACAUCCUUCCAGCAUUUAUCCAUCCUGCCUUCAAAACAUUAUUUCACUUUUCUUUUCCUUCUUUCUUUAUUUCUUUAUUUUCUUCUUUUUAAUUCUUUCCUUUUUACUUACUUCUAAACAUCAUUCAACCUUUCCUUCUUUCCUUACUUUUUCCUUCCUUCUAAACAUCCUUCAACCUUUCUUUUCUUUCUUUCUUUUUCUUUCUUUCUUUCUUUCUUUCUUUCUUUCUUUCUUUCUUUCUUUCUUUCUAAACAUCCUUUCACCUUCUUUUUUCUUCCUUCAUUCUAUCCUUCAAAUUUUCUUUCUUUCUUUCUUUCUUUCUUUUUCUUUCUUAUUUUCCAAACAUCUUUUCACCAUCCAUCUAAACAUCUUUCAACCUUCUUUUCCUUCCUUUUUUCUUCCUUUCCAAACAACUUGUUUAUACUUCCUUCCUUUUUAUACUUCCUUCCUAUUUAUACUUCCUUCCUUUUUCUUCCUACUAAACAUCCCUCAACCUUUUUUUGCUUCCGUCUUUCUUUCUUUCUUUCUUUCUUUCUUUCACCUUCUUUUUUCUUCCUUCAUUCUGUUUUCCUUCCUUCUAAACAUCCUUCAAAAUUUCUUUCUUUCUUUCUUUCUUUCUUUCACCUUUUUUUCUUCCUUCAUUCUGUUUUCCUUCCUUCUAAACAUCCUUCAAAAAUUUCUUUUUUUUCUUUUCUUUUCUUUCUUUUCACCUUCUUUUUUUCUUCCUUCAUUCUUUUUUUCCUUACUUCUAAACAUCCUUCAAAAUUUCUUUUCUUUCUUUUCUUUCUUUCUUUCACCUUCUUUUUUCUUCCUUCAUUCUGUUUUCCUUCCUUCUAAACAUCCUUCAAAAUUUCUUUCUUUCUUUCUUUCUCCUUUCUUUUUUUUCUUCCUUCAUUCUGUUUUCCUUCCUUCAUCCUAA